AUGCCUCAGGCCCGUCCUCUGUAUUCCCGGGAUUCCACUCAGGAACAUCGUGAGAUCCCUCAGGGUGAAGACCUCAUUGUUAUCAAAGUUGAGCCUGUAGAUGAUGAGGAUAUGUACACGAGGGGUGAUGAUCCGUGUAAGGACGAGGAACAAUCUCCAGAGAUCAGCACAGAUGGCCAAUACAGUGGUGGGAACAUGGAGGAACAUGUCAUGGUCACACCGAUGUGUAAAAUAGAAGAUGAGGAUGUCAGCAUAGGCUCAAAUCUCCGUUCGGGAGUUCGUGGUGCUAGAGUGUCAUCGACUCAUUCUACCCAUGGCGGGCGACCUCCCGAUGACCCGCGUCCCUCUGAGUUGGGGGAUGGCUUUUCCCAGCCUGAGGAACUUAUUCCUGUAGAGAUAACGGAGGAUGGCACCAGGCUUUUCUCUUGCUCCGAAUGCGGCAAGCGCUUUAAGCAGAAGGCGGAUGUGGUCAAGCACCGGCGGAUUCACACGGGCGAGCGUCCGUACCCAUGCUCAGAGUGUGGCAAGUGCUUCAUAGACGCCUCCCAGCUAUCCAAGCACCGGAGGAUUCAUACAGGAGAGCGGCCUUACUCCUGCUCUGAGUGCGGCAAGUGCUUUUCCGAGAAGUCCAAUGCCGUCAGGCACUGGCGGUCCCACACAGACGAGAAGCCCCACCCAUGCCCGGAGUGCGGCAAGUGCUUCAAGAACAAGUCUCACCUGCUGACGCACUUGCGUUUCCACACAGACGAAAAACCCUAUGCCUGCUCGCUGUGCGGAAGGAGUUUUAAGCAGAAGUCGGACGUUGUCAAGCACCAGAGGCUCCACUCGGGCGAGAGGCCGUACUCUUGUUCCGUGUGUGGGAAAAGCUUCUCUGGAAAGUCCAACCUUAUCCGGCACGAGAUCACCCACACAGGGCAGAAGCCAUACUCUUGCUCUGACUGUGGGAGACAGUUUGCCCAGAAGUCCCAUUUGGUCACCCACGAGAAGCUCCAUGCGGGCUACAGGCCUUUCUCCUGCUCAACAUGCGGGAAAUGCUUUACCGAUAAGGCUGUCCUAGUCCGCCAUGAGAAGAGUCACUCUGAGGAGAAGCCCUAUUCAUGCUCGGAGUGUGGGAAGAGCUUCAAGCAGCGGUCGGACGUGGUGAAGCACGAGCGCAUCCACUCUGGGGUGAAGCCGUAUUCCUGUGCAGACUGUGGCAAAAGCUUCGUCCAGAAGGCCCACCUCCUCAGCCAUCAAAAAGUCCACGUACGGGACAAUGCGGAGUGA